ACAGGAUCCUGUGGAGCACUUGUGCUCAUGGCUACCGUCGCUCGGUCCGAGUUAUUAGACGGUUUUCACCUGCAUGCAUCAAUACUAUUUUAGCAGAACACACAUAAGCUCAUGGAACGGUUCGGUUAUUUCAGCUGAGCAAGUAAACAGUGCGUGUACCCGAGGAACUUUAUACAGUAUGACAGACUCAUUUGUGGUCCCAGUCAUUGAUGUUCAGCAUGACAACUUCAAGGAACUUUGGCCUGCUAUGGUGGUGGCUAUUAAAACGUCUUCCUUCCUUGCUCUCGAUACGGAGCUAAGCGGUCUUGGGAACAGGACGUCAUUGCUUGCUGCGUGUAUAGAAGACAGGUAUAAAGCCAUUUGCCACGCAGCCCGAACUCGCUCCAUCCUCUCUCUGGGAAUCGCCUGCUACAAGAAGCUUGGCGACAAGCCUGCAGACACGUACCUGGUCCAGGUGUACAACCUCACCCUACUUUGCUCAGAGGAGUACAUCAUCGAGCCCCAGUCAGUCCAGUUCCUCGUGCAGCACGGAUUCGACUUUAACAAACAGUACGCCCAAGGAAUCCCGUAUCACAAGGGCAAUAAUAAGGGGGGGUCGGACAACCAGGGUGUUCACAUGCGGGCUUUAUUUACGGAGCUACUGCGCGCAAGGAAACCCUUGGUGCUCCACAAUGGCCUCAUUGAUAUGGCUUUCUUGUACCAGAACUUUUACGCCCAUCUUCCAGAUCGGUUGGCCACCUUCACGGUCGACCUGUCCGAGAUGUUUCCUGCGGGCGUCUUUGACACCAAAUACGUGACAGAGUUUGAUCUCCGCCUCAGCGCUUCAUACUUGGAGUACGCCUACAAGAAAUGUAAGCUGGAGAACAGUCGCAGCGAGUCCUCCGCUGGGAGCGGCCGUCACGUCCAGCUAGAGUUCUGUCAGUAUGCCGGUGCCAUGUCCCGCUAUGUGGACCACAGAACCUGUCCUAUUGUGGCCCCUCAUCAGGCGCAGGCGGACAUCUGCAUCUCCUUCUCUGCGUUUGGUUGGUGUCCCAAAGGCACCAAGUGUCCUUCGUCCCACGACACAGACCUGAUCAUCCUCCAAGAUGAUCAAUCCAAGCAGGAUAAGAGGAAGAAGAGGAAGAGGAAGAAAAAGAAUGACGGAGACUUGCCCGUUCUGGAGGACGCUCCACAAGAAAAAUUGCCUCGCGUGGAAUUGGAUCUAGAAAAGGUUCCCGGCAGCCGUCAAGAGUGUCCGGACACAAACACAGCACCGCAUGACGAAGAAAACAUGACAGCAAACAGCAAAGCGUGCGAGGACAACACGGAGCCCCCAACAAGCGGUGAUAAGAAGGUGGAGUCAGGAUCCCACCGAGCCGGCUUUGAUGCCUUUAUGACGGGGUACAUCUUCGCCUACGCGUGCACAGUUGUCAAGCAGGCAGAGGAGCAGGCUUGGCUCCCCGACUCCCUCAAUAAGAUCUACCUCAGCGGCAAGGCGGCUCCUCUCAACAUAGUCAAGAGCACCUUCUCCAAGUCCUCCAAAGCCCACAUGCAGAAGAUGGAAACGGUGUGGGGAGGAAAGCAGUAGAUAGUGAAAGUACAAAAUGUUUUUUUCUUUUUUAAAAUCUAGAAUUAGUUUUUUUCUGAAAUAACCUGCUGUGGGAAAAAAUAUAAGUGUGUUUUGUAAGACAAGCAAGCAUUCAAUUGUCUUUUUAGUUUUAAAGAUGUUUUUUUAUAUAUAUAUACAGUGGUGAGAAAGUGUUUGCCCCCUUCCUGAUGUAUUGAUUUUUUUUUUUUUUGCAUGUUUGUCACACUUAAAUGUUGCAGAUCAUCAGACAAAUUAAAGUAUUAGUCAGAGACACGCAACUGAACAUAAAAUGCAGUUUUUAAAU